AUGGCCGACGCUACCAUCAAGGGACUACCUCCCCCACCGAAAUCAUAUGACGGCUCGAGUCACCGAGUCCUCAUCGUUCACGCCAGAUGGAACGCUACCAUUAUCGACGCUCUCGUCAGCGGUGCUGUCAACAAGCUGAAGGAGCAGGGUGUCAAAGAGGAAAACAUCGUUAUCAAGAGUGUGCCAGGAAGUUAUGAGCUGCCGUUUGCGACCAAGCAAUUGAUCUCUGGAGCACAAGUUCAGUCGUCCAAUUCGGCACCUUCUCUGCUGAAUGCAUCGACUACGAACCUCGUGAACCUCCUCAGUAAUGAGGCCGUCUCCGGAGGUGCUUCCAUCACGCCUACACCUGCUUCGGGCGCAUCUACCGGUCCUUUCACCUCUGCGAUCGCUAUCGGAUGCUUGAUCAAGGGCUCCACAAUGCACUUUGAGUACAUCUGUGAUGCUGUCACGCAUGGUCUGAUGAAGGUCCAGCUGGAGACUGGAACCCCGGUCAUUUUCGGCGUUCUCACCGCAUUGACCGACGACCAGGCUUUGGAUAGGGCGGGUGUCGGGCGAGGCCCAAACGGAAAGGGACACAACCACGGAGAAGAUUGGGGUCUCGCGGCUGUCGAGCUUGGAGCCCAGACUAUCGAAUGGUCGAAAGGCAACAUCUAA